GGACAGUAAUCACUUCCUGUUUUUAGCCCUAGGAAGACUCGUGGAUAGCGUCACCCGAGACAUUGUAAUGCUAUUUAAGUCAAAGUCAUGAAUGCUUUUAGUCGCUCCGGGAAACUGUUAUCGUCGGUAUUUAGAAGUAGAGUUUUACUGGAACAAAAUGGUGUUUAUAGAAGCGUCUGUGCGACCCGUAGAGCUCAGCGAUAUAGCCUGUAUCUUCCUCAACAUUUUACAGCUAACUCGGCCUCAUGUCAACACUGCAGUCAAGUAGUAUCGUUCAGAUGUCACUUUGACACAAAACGAUGUUUUUCUCAAAGCGAUGAAAGCAAAGAUUUCGAGAGCAGUGUUGUGUCUGAAGAGGAAUCACAUGAGAUCGACGAUAGCAGCAGCUCCCUUAGUCAGAGACGCUCUGAGACGUUCUCUCUUGACGUGCUGGUGUCUCUGCUGCGCCAGGAAAAUGCAGUGGACCUUUGCGUUAUUAAAGUGCCAGAGGAGAUCAAGUAUGCUGAAUACUUCAUUGUUGUCAGCGGUGUGUCACCAAGACAUGUCCGCGCAAUGGCGUUUUAUGCUCUCAAAGUGUAUAAGUUUCUGAAGAAUGAUAGUGAUCCAGAAGUCAAGAUCGAAGGGAGGGAUGCAGAGGACUGGAUGUGUAUCGACUUUGGUAAUAUGGUUGUUCACUUUAUGAUGCCAGAGACCAGAGAACUGUAUGAACUGGAGAAACUCUGGACUCUUCGAGCCUACGAUGAGAAGCUGAAGCGCAUCCCUCCGGAUACGCUGCCAGAAGACUUCAUGUUGGAUCCUGAAGUAGCAAAAUGACAACGCGAGACUGAUCAUCUUAAUGCUCUUAUAGAGUACUGCAGGACAUAGACAGUGUAACUUAAGCAAGCAGCCUGCGACGGUGCGAGCUGUUACUGGUGUGCUCGCUCAGGUGAAUUUUUGUUUCUACUUCCUGCUUCACUUUCCAUUUCCUGCUACAGUUUCAGCAAUGGCAACUGAAACUGUUGCCGAAAUCUUGCCGAAGACAAGUGAUACAAAUGUGUAUAUCUCCAAACCUCCUCAGUUAACCUCAUCAAUUCGGGUUGAUCCAAAACAAUCAUUUCGAAAAUUGCUUAGAUGGAGAAACCGCUGGAAAUACUUGAUCGGAUCCACACUACUACCAAGCGGAUCAGUCACAGUCGCUGUGGUGCAUAGUUACAUUUCUGGGGAGGUACACAUCAGUUACAGUGCUACACAGAUGUCUGAACCACCUAUUAGCUGUACCCAGACUUAACUAUGUCAUUAUGACUCUAGAUGUGUCUUUAAAGUCUCCGUUUGCAAGAGUUCAGUUUAUUUUUGUCACUUCUCAUUUCUUUAUUUUCUGUUGGAAAUUUAGAAAUGUAAAUCAUGUACAGUGUGUGUGCAUGUUACACCACUGAAUGUGUGUUUAAGAAUAGAUUUUAUAAUAUUUUGAUGUUUGAAAUACAUCAUUUGAAUAUUCCAGAUGUAUUUGGUGGUUUUUAAUUGUCAUAGAGCAGGUUCACAUUAUUGCAAAGUAUAUUUUGUAAGAUGCAUUUUUGUUGUGAAAGAUAAAGUAAACGUGUUAAUUAUCAAAAGGUUAAGAGUAAUUUGAACAUAUUUUGGCUAAAACACUAUAGUAAUUAAACAUUUUAAUGCAUUUGAUUGGCAAUUAUUUUGUUAAUUGGAGUAAUACCUUCUUCAGGUAGAAAGUAGCAGUUAUGAGGGAGAUACAGAUUUACAGAUUAACUGAGCACAACCCAUUUUGCUGCGACUUUGAGAGAAUUUCUGCUGAUGAUUGUAGUUACGUCCCUGAAGCCAGUAUUAAGGAGCCAGUAGUAAGGACCCUAAAAACAGUAUUGCUCCUUUUUAAAGUGGCCACAUCUAUGAUGUGGCAAUAAAGCAAUUGCAAUUUUUUCUGCAAAUAUUCCAUUUGUCAAAAAAAAAAAAAAAAUGACUGUAUGGGGUCACGAAAACA